AUGGCUUCCCCUCUCCCCAACAACCCUUUCUCAAGUCAGGCAUGUCUACCUUGUUUCAACAACGAUGAUCAAGCAAAAGACAAGAGCAUUCCAAAUCGAUUUCAAAUGCCUAGGAAGAAUACUCACUACGAUGACAUAAGCAAGCCAGAAAUGAAACAAACUGAAGCGCUCCUCGCAUCAGAGAUGAGCAAAUUGUCGGUGCAAGAGCGGUCAAAGGCAUUGGAUGACCUACACUGUGUAGGAGUAGAAAUCCAUGAGACGCCUGCACUGAUUAAGAGAUCGCUUGCGGAAUUCGAAGAUGCAGUACGGAAGGAACGAAACCCAAUCUACGAGAUGGCCAUCAAUCAAAACAGAGCAUACGUGGAAGACCCUACCUUUCGUCUCAAGUUCUUGAGAGCCAGUCUGCACAAUGUUCGUGAAGCGGUUCGGAAGAUGAUGAGUCUUCUCGAGUGCAAAGCGAAAUACUUCGGUCAUGACAAGGUUGGUCGAGAAAUAACAUUGGAUGACCUGAGUGAGGAGGACAAGCAGCUAAUGAUAUCGGGAGUAUUUCACAUCCAAGAUGGGAGAGAUCGAAGAGGCAGAGUUGUCCUACACUUUUUCGGCAAACUACUCAGCCGGUGUAAAGCUGAUAACCUGAUUCGGUUCGGUUACUAUUGUUUUGUCAACAUGUUGUCCUCCAUACCGGAUGUGCAAAGGAAGGGAAUUGUGGCAGUCUACAACGAUGCUACGUUACCCGGGGAAACCUUUACAAUGCCUGGAUUGAAAUUCAUUAAAGAAACCCAAGGAUUCUUUGAAUCGGUGCCAACUCGAUAUUCUGGAAUCCACUACUGCCUACAGGCCAAAUCGCAAAAUCUUGCGCUGAACAAUGUUCUUGUCACUCUGUUCCUGAAUGCACUGCCUCAACAUGCUCGCGUGAGAACUCGAAUACAUUAUGGGUCCAUCAUGGAGCUUCGGUAUCAACUCCAAAGCUACGGUAUUCCCUUGUCCAAGAUACCGUUUGGAGUACAAGGGAAUAUUCGUCAUGAUAUUCUGAAUGUCUGGAUCGACAGGCAUCUUAUAGAGUCCAAUCAAAGCAUUCGCUUCUACUACCACGAACCCGAGGUCGCUCGGGGCUGGUCUCAAGAUAUUGAGACAGAAAAGGACCUUAUGAAACACCACCAGCAUCUGCGCUAUGAGACGAAUGAAGACAAUGCAAUAGAGGCUUUAGAGGUGGAAGUAUGCAGCCCAGCAAUGUGCGCAUCAUCAACUGAAGUGGGGGGUAGUAAUACUCUGGAGAUAGAUCGUUUGACAGGGCCAAUAAGGCCGACUGAGAUGGAUGUGCUGUUUGGAAAAGGGUAUCGGCUGCAGUUGCAUCCUGGCAAUGUCCGCUUUCGAAAGUUCCUAGAGCAGCGUCGAGGCGAGUAUGAGAGCACUCCGCGACAGGACAGACGAGAUAUUGCAAUCAAACUCGCCCAAAUGCUUCGGAACAACGGUGUCCGAUUUCUCCAGAAAGUGGGGUCUGAUGAAUGGGUUGAGAGCGAUUUUGCACAAGCAGAGACAAAGGUGGCUCAGUUUUUCCGGGAGCUGCGAAAGAAACGAUCAAAAGGAGGCCGAUAA